AUGCUGUCCUUGGAAAGUAAAUAUAUGGCACAGCUCAACGAAGGUGAUACUGCCAGUGAUAAAGGAGGAAUUGAUGCGCGUUUGAAGCCUCAACAAUUGACCAAUACAUCUUUGCUAGGCGAUGAAAGUUUUGAUUUGAAUAAAAUUCCUGUGCCGGAAGAUUUAAUUCCAGUCCUGAAUUUGAGUGAUAUUGAGACGGAAGUCGAAGAUGCCGUUCGAUCCGAAUCUACUGCUACUGUCGUCGACGUAUCGCCACGGGACAUUGAAUCCGCGAAACCGUCAAGAUUUUUGCUGAACGACGAGCAAUGGUUUUCCAGCGAAGUGCACAAUUUCGCUGAGCAGAUUUGGGAUUUAUUCAUCAAAAAGCAGCAUUUUGUUAUCAGCCUAAUUGGCGAUGAAAAUGCACCUGUAUCACAGGAAACAAAAAUGAGGUAUCGGUUUUUGAUGUGCAAGUUCGAAACAAUACAAAUUUUUCAGCCGGAAGACUUAAUUCCAGUCCUGAAUUUGAGUGAUAUUGAGACGGAAGUCGAAGAUGCCGCUCGAUCCGAAUCUACUGCUACUGUCGUCGACGGAUCGCCACGGGACAUUGAAUCUGCAAAACCAUCAAGAUUUUUGCUGAACGACGAGCAAUGGUUUUCCAGCGAAGUGCACCGUUUCGCUGAGCAAAUUUGGGAUUUAUUCAUCAAAAAGCAGCGUUUUGUUAUCAGUCUAAUCGGUGAUGAAAAUGCACCUGUAUCACAGGAAACACAAAUGAGAUUUUUGCUGAACGACGAGCAAUGGUUUUCCAGCGAAGUGCACAAUUUCGCUGAGCAAAUUUGGGAUUUAUUCAUCAAAAAGCAGCGCUUUGUUAUCAGCCUAAUCGGCGAUGAAAAUGCACCUGUAUCACAGGAAACACAAAUGAGGUACUAG